AUGGAGAACACUCAGCAUCAAGGUAGCUACAGCGUGUCUGGUGGUGACAUGAUGCUAGACCCAGAAGUCAUCGGCCUGAUGAACGAUUUGGACCUUGUCCGUCGCGCCACGAGCAGGCCAUUGACCAUGGAAGAGCAGGCCCACGCCCUGGGCCAGAUCAUCGGCGAGAAGCAGGCACGAAAGCGGGAAGCCCAAUCGCAGUUUGACGAGGAAGCGAUGGCGGAGGCCGCAAGAGCCAUGAAGCGACCCCGAAUCGCAUCGAACGCCGACUUCAGCGGCGCGCACAAGAUGUAUGCCUGCGGCCCCGAGGAGAAGCCCAACGGGUGUAACGGCAGCGGCGACAAUGUCUUCGACGACCUCAUGUUCGACAACGAACUCCUUGGUCUCGCCACCAACUUCUAUGGCGCACACUCUACCGAAGUCCACGACCUCCGCUGCGUCCAAGAUACGAGCCAGGGCGACCUCGUCCCCACGUACAAGCCUGGUUUCAACCUCCUCGAGUCAGUCUGCUCCAGCACCUGGCUCGCCGUCGAGGUGGCCAAGCACUUGCGCGUCAGCGACAUCGUCAACCUCUACAGCACCAGCAAGACCUUCCACAACCUCCUCGAUGAGCACUGGCAGUCCAGCAUCUUCGCCUGGGCGGAGCACAUGGCCCCAUCCUCCUUCCGUAUCUUCUACUGGAAGUUCUACGGCUGCUACGCCCGCAAGGACCCCUCAGGAACCACCUGGGAGGCGCCAGGCAUUUUCGCGGACGCAUUCCCCCAGCCACCCUGGGCGAAGAGCCGCCCCGUCACCGCCGCCGACAAGACCGUCCGCUCGGUCCCCGGACUGCGAUAUCUCGCGAUGCUCGUCAAGAGGGAGGUCCGCGUGCGCGACAUCCUCGCAAUGCUGGCACGCCGCGGCCACCGCCUACCGACCAAGUGCCACGAGGCCGUCAAGAAGAUGUGGAUGGUCAUGGACCUGCCGACCAACACCCUGCGGCGCGCCUUCAUCCGCAGCACUCAGCUCUGGACCCCCGAGGACAUCUACAACGCGCAGAUGUUCAUCACCAAGCUUCAGAUGCGCUUCAACGAGCCCCUCUUCGGGCCCGACGCCCCCCUGGCCGUCGAGACCAUCCUGGGCGCCCAGGAGGGCCUCACUCCGCUGUGGCAGAUCCUCCGUGCCAAGAAGUACACGGAGCUCCUGGAGGCGAUUCAGAUGCGUGUACGCUACCUGGCCGGCAGCCAGACGAUCCGCAGCUCCCGGAGCUGGGAGCAGCGCUACGGCGUCCCCGAAUGGCAGCUAGGCACGGGACACCUCGAGGGCUGGGGCGCCGGCCAGAUCCACCUGUCCCGUCCCGACGAGCUCAUCAUCGAGGAGGCGGCCAGGCGCGGCAUAAACCUCAAGGACCAACUCACCUACAUGGCGUUCUGGGGCCACGUCGACUGGCGGAGGCGCGCCAACCUCGUACCCACCGAGGAGGAGAUGUACAUGUCCGACGACGAGCUCCCGGCCCUGCCGGCCCACGAGAAGGGCCCCGACGGCAUAUUCGGAAACUGUGGCAACGUCCCGUUCGAUUACAGCGAGUGGACGCCCAAGCACGCCCUCCUGGCGAGAUGGGACACGCUGACCGACAAGGAAAAGCUGGCGCUCAGGGAGCACAUUGGACGCGACGAGACGAAGCUUAUUGCGCAUGAGGACGACGACGAGGGCUUCUGGGACCUGAACCAGUUUGAGCUGGGCCGUCUCAACCAGGGCAAGGAGGGCAAGACUGCCGUCUCAGCCCCUAACAACUACGAUAGCGAGGACGACUGUGAGAGCGACGAGAAAGUCAAGGAGCAUGUGCACGACGAGAACUGCGUGUGUGAGGAUUGCGUCGCCUGGUUCAACGGCUCCGACGCAGACGAUCACGACGGCUCCUGCCUGUGCACCGAGUGCUUGGACCAGGCGGACUACGAGGCUGAGCAGGAAGACGACGCCGAGCAGGAAGACGACAACUCCGAGGACGAGGAUGACGACUCCGACGACGAGGACGAACUGGUCAUCACCCCCACGAACCCCAUGCCCCAGGACGUCCUUACCAACCCGACCCUCCGGGACGCGUGGAACGGCCUCAGGCGCCAGGACCGGCAGGCGGUGGUCACCACGCUAGACAGGCAGCGCGAGCAGGAGAGGGCCGUGGUUGCCGCCGCCGCCGCCGAUGUCCAGGCGCGCGGCAUCGCGCGUGAGUUCCCUCACAUCACGGACCCCGUCAGCCUGGCGCUGCUGCACAAGCUGGACGGAAUUGAGAACCAGCCUGCCGGAGACGAGAGCGGCUUCGAGUCCGACGUCUCUGACGAUGCCGAUAUGGAGGACGAGGGCUACGAGGAUGAGGAGAUGGUUGACGAGGGAGAUGACGCCGCCGGCGACAACGACAACGAAAACGACGGCUUCAGCGACUCCUCCAUGGACGAUGAGCAGCUCAAGGCCCUCGCGGACCUGGACUACUCGGACGACGAGCUCGAUUUCGACAUGGGCAACUUCCAGGCCUUGCUGACCAGGGGUCGGGACGACGGCAGCUACCACUACCGCGCCGGCCGCCCCAGCGGUGGUGGAGAAGGCGACAACGAUGAGGAAGAGGAUGCCUUCGGCGUGGCUCACGAGGCCGACCUGAAGUCCCCGGGCCUCGCUGCUGAGAUGCGACUGCCGGAUACCAUCAACUACUAG